AUGGCGUCCUCUCUCACCCGCCUUGAAUUCUACACCAGCAAUUUACAAUCCUUCCUAUCCUCCUACUCAGCCUUCCGCAUCCUCCGUUCCCUAUCUCCACCCAUACCAAUUCCUUCCGACCCUCCAAAAUCUAAAAACCUCAGUUCGAUAACGUUUAAGAAAUUCGAUCGUUAUUCAGGACCCUUAUACUCCCUUUCUAACGAUGACCACAAAGACGAACCUUCAAAUGAUUCAAACCAAAACCACUCCGUGCCUCCCUCCAAUUCCAGUUCGCCUCAAACCUUAUACAUCCUCGAUUCCUCCUUCAAUCCACCUACCCUCGCACACGCACACAUCUGUCUCUCCGCUCUACGUGAUCACUUUGCAUCCGACUUAAGACAUACAAAAGCUCGAUUAUUAUUAUUACUCAGUACACAAAAUGCAGAUAAAAAGAUCAGCGGCGCAAGUUUGGAAGAGCGAUUAGUUGGGAUGGAAUGUUUUGCUACUGAUCUUUUGAAUACUUGGUUCUAUCCUCAUUCGCAUUAUCCAAGGAAGAGGCAAGUUAAGAGCGAGAUUGAUGAUAAAUCUAUAAGUGUGUCUGAGGAGAAAAAUGAAUCUGGAGAUGAAGAAUCCGCUGAACAUAUGGAAUCUGAUUCCACUUCUGACUCUGAUUCCGAAGCACAGUCCACGACGUCCUCAUUACCUCCAUCUCAAAACCAAAUCCCUUUCGACUCACCACAAUUCGACAUAGACAUAGGUCUAACGUCCCUUCCCUACUUCCACUCCAAAUCCAUCGCCAUCGAAGCAUCCUCUGUCUAUCCCAAGGGAACAACCCACGUCCACUGUACCGGCUAUGACACUCUAAUCCGAGUUCUAAAUCCCAAAUAUUACCCAACUUAUGAUUUUACCCCCUUAAUACCCUUCCUCUCAAACCACAAAUUACGUGUCACAUAUCGUUCAGAUAAAUCCCUUAGCCUAUCGGAUCAAGACACUUAUCUCUCAUCACUCCCUACUCAACUCCCUACACUCGGUGGAAAAAGUGAAUGGAUAAGUGAAAAAAGAAUAUACAUGUCACCAGGUCUUGCAGGAGAAGAAAUUAGUUCCACGAGAGUAAGAGCUGCAAUUAAAAGUCUCACUACAGCGAUUCCUUACCAAAGGGGAGCGGGAAGUAAGAAACGUAAAGGAAAAGGAAAAACAUCUGAAGAGAAAAUUAAAAAGGACUUGAAAGUAUUUGUGGGUGCAAAUGUUAAGAAGUGGAUUUUAGGAGAGAAAUUAUAUUGGUGGCAGGGGAAGAAGUAA